AUGUCUGAACGCCCUGAGAACAUCGGUAUCAAGGCCAUUGAGCUUUACUUCCCCAGCCAGUACAAGAUCGACCCCAAGGACAUUGGUCGCCUCGAAGUCGGUACCGAGACCAUCCUCGAUAAGUCCAAGUCGGUCAAGUCUGUCUUGAUGCAGCUUUUCAAAGAGUCGGGCAACACCAACGUUGAGGGUGUUGACACUGUCAACGCUUGCUACGGUGGCACCAACGCGCUUUUCAACGCCAUCAACUGGGUCGAGUCCUCUGCAUGGGACGGUCGUCUCGCCAUUGUUGUCGCUGGUGACAUUGCCCUUUACAAGAAGGGUGCCGCCAGACCCACUGGUGGUGCUGGAUGCCCCGGCCACAGAGGCAGCUACAUCACCCACGCAUACGACUUCUACAAGCCCGACCUGACCAGCGAGUACCCCAUCGUUGACGGUCAAUUCUCCAUCAAGUGCUACACCCAAGCCGUCGACGCCUGCUACGAGGCCUACAACACUCGUGAAGCCCAGCUCAAGUCCAAGGCCAACGGUGCUGCCAACGGCAACGGUCUGGUUUCCAAAUCUUACGCCCGCAUGCUUUACAACGACUACAAGCAGAACCCCGAGAACCCCAUCUUCGCUGAGGUUCCCGCCGAGAUCAAGGACAUGGACCUCGAGAAGUCAUACAGCGACAAGACCGUCGAGAAGACCUUCAUGACCCUCUCCAAGAAGCGCUUCGCCGCCCGCGUGCAGCCCUCGAUCCAGGUCCCCACCAUGUGUGGUAACAUGUACUGCGGUUCCGUCUACGGCUCGCUCUGUGCUCUUCUCUCCAACGUUUCGUCGCAAGACCUUCAGGGCAAGCGUGUUGGCAUCUUCUCAUACGGCUCAGGCCUCGCCUCCUCCUUCUUCUCAUUCAGAGUCAAGGGCAGCACCGAGGAGAUGCACAAGCAGAUUGACCUCCAGAACAGACUCGACUCGCGUAGAGUCGUCGCCCCCGAGGUGUACGACGAGAUGUGUAACCUCCGUGAGCGUGCACACUUGAAGAAGGACUACUCACCUGCUGGCAACCCCGAGACUCUCUUCCCUGGUACCUACUACCUGACCAAGGUCGAUGACCUCUUCAGAAGAGAGUAUGCCAUCAAGCAGUAA